AUGCUGGGGAGGAGGGUGUCUGGCUCAAUGUAUUCUCAAUCAUAUGAUAAGUUAGUCAAAACGUGCCCGGUAUGGUCUGUUUCUAUGGGAGAUGUAACAGUUCCCUGCUUGAUUGACACAGGGUCAAUGGUGACCACCAUCACCGAGAGUUUUUUUCGAGAGCACUUUCAUCAUUUACAAAAGAAAGACUGUAGAUGGCUUGGGCUUAAGGCCGCUAAUGGUUUGGAUAUUCCCUAUAUCGGUUACUUAGAGUUGGACGUGUGGGUACUGGGGCAAUGCAUUCCGGGGAGGGGAAUUUUAGUUGUCAAGGACCCAGAGUGUGGCCCUCUUAAAGAUCGUAAGCUCGUAACACCCGGGAUACUGGGAAUGAAUGUAAUUGGGGAAUGCUAUCAGGUCCUUUUUAAACAACAUGGGUCACAGCUCUUCCACUCCCCUCCCGUGAAAUCGGCGGCACCGGCAGCCCGACGUGCACUGAGACACUGUGAACAGAUCCAGGCCAUUGUAAAUGCACCGAAACCGUUUAAAGUGAAAGUGCAGGGGAAAAGGGCAGUUUGUCUUGAGGCGGGAGCCCUAACCAUGGUCCCGGUUACAGGCCCCCAGUUUGAGUCUGCAGUAUUGUUACUGGAGCCCUUGGGCUUUGACGAGGAGCAGUUGCCCGAAGGCCUAUUGGUGUCCCCUACUUUGGUGCCAGUUAGAAAGGGUUUUCUAUAUGCACCUGUAGUGAAUGUUGGUAAUACAAAGGUAUGGUUGCCCCCACGUCAUCCCAUUGGCACUGUACAAGUUGUGGCGGCGACUGUAACAGGAACAGCGGCCUCCAUAUCAGUCGACCCUUCAUGGGAACAGUGUCAAGCUUAUGUCUCCACGCAGGAGGUAGCCGAGGGCGGUAGUUUCCCCGAGCUCGCGGCGACAGACUUCCCGGGUUUGACCCAGCAACAAGCGGCUGAGGCCAGGGCCCUCCUGGUCAAGUAUAGUAACAUAUUUUCCCAAGGGGAGGGAGACCUAGGAUGUACGUCCUUAAUCAGCCAUGAGAUUCCCCUGUUGGACAAUACUCCUGUUCGGCAGCCAUACCGUAGAAUCCCACCCUCCCAGUAUGAAACUGUAAAGGCACACAUCCAACAGCUCUUAGAUAAUAAAGUCAUCAGAGAAAGUAGCAGUCCCUAUUCUUCUCCGAUAGUAUUGGUGACAAAGAAGGAUGGGAGUUUGCGCCUCUGUGUAGAUUACAGGCAGUUGAACGCAAAAACUCGCCGCGACGCAUACCCCCUUCCUCGUAUAGAAGAAUCAUUGGAUGCACUUUCUGGAGCGAAAUGGUUUUCCACCUUGGACCUCGCAAGUGGGUACAAUCAGGUUCCAAUGGUAGAGCAGGAUAAGUCAAAGACGGCCUUCUGUACGCCCUUUGGCCUGUUUGAGUUCAACCGAAUGGCAUUUGGAUUGUGUAAUGCGCCUGGAACGUUCCAGCGGUUGAUGGAGCGGAUGUUUGGCGAUUGCAGAUACCAGUCUGUUCUACUAUACUUGGACGAUGUGAUCGUCUUUUCCGCCACUGUUCAGCAGCAUCUGGAGAGACUGGGAGAGGUGUUUUCUCGUCUGCAAAAACAGGGACUGAAAGUAAAACUGUCAAAAUGCCGUUUCUUCCAGCACCAGGUUGGUUACUUGGGGCACGUGGUCUCUGCUGAGGGAGUUGCCACGGAUCCCGCCAAGAUAGAGGUGGUUAAGGAGUGGAGACGCCCUGGACAUCUGGCCGAAUUACGAUCUUUCCUUGGUUUCGCGAGCUAUUAUCGGCGAUUCGUGGAGGGAUUUUCAAAGUUGGCAGCCCCACUCCACUAUCUGGUAGGAAGACUCAGUGGGCCUCGAAGGAAGGGAAAGACCCCCCCCGUCCCUCUGGCAUCGGCCUGGGAUGAGGGAUGUGAGCGAGCAUUCCUGUCUCUGAAGGAGCGACUCACCUCGGCUCCAGUGCUGGCAUAUGCUGACUUUAAGAAGCCAUUCAUCUUGGAGGUAGACGCCAGUCAUGGAGGCCUGGGUGCCGUCCUCUCCCAGGAACAUGGAGGGAGGGUGCGUCCAGUUGCAUUUGCUAGUCGGGGACUCAGAGUUGCUGAAAGGAAUAUGGAGAACUAUAGCUCCAUGAAGCUGGAGCUACUCGCGGUAAAAUGGGCAGUAACGGAAAAGUUCCGAGAAUAUUUGCUGGGGAACCAUUUCACAAUCUUCACUGAUAAUAACCCCCUGAGCCAUUUGCACACUGCAAAGCUGGGCGCAAUUGAGCAGCGGUGGGCUUCGCAGUUGGCAUCAUUCAAUUUUACCCUCAGAUAUCGACCGGGUAAAAGCAAUCAGAACGCGGAUGCUCUUUCUCGCCAGUAUUUGGAACGCUUUACCUUCGGGACAGAGGUCCCCGCGUUGGGCGCAUUGACCAGCCUCGGGCCGAUGCAGUCCACAGAGGGCCAAUGCCGGGAGGUGGUGGCCUUACCGGGACGUACACCUCAGGAUCUCAGUUCGCUUCAGGAAGCUGACCCAGUCAUCGGGCCUUUGAGGAAGUACUACCAAGAGGGGCGACGGCCAGGCGUAAGGGAGCGUGAAGCGUUACCCAAGUUCAGCAGAGCCCUGCUCCGACACUGGGAUCGCCUGGUCGAUGAGGAGGGAGUUCUGUACCGCCUGAUUCACACACCAGGGGGAGGUCCAGAGACUCUCCAGUUAUUGCUGCCCCAGUGCCUGCAAGCAGAAGUCCUACGGAGUAUCCACGAUGAACAAGGGCACCAAGGCACGGAAAGAACACUCCAGCUACUUCGGAGCCGAUGUUUUUGGCCCAGUAUGACUAAAGAUGCUGAACAGUGGUGCCAGCAGUGCCAGCGAUGUGUUUUGGGGAAGGCCGUCCAGCCCAAGGUCGGUACGUACUGGAGCACGAUGCACGCCACUCGACCAAAUGAAAUCUUGGCUCUUGACUUUACUCUGCUAGAGCCAGCCAGUGAUGGACGAGAGAAUGUUCUGAUCCUCACGGACAUAUUCACGAAGUACUCGCAGGCUGUUCCUACAAAGGAUCAAAAGGCUCCAACAGUGGCCAGGACCUUAGUGCAGCAUUGGUUUCAUAGGUUCGGUCCCCCAGCUCGUAUCCACUCCGACCGGGGGCGAAACUUUGAGAGCCUCUUGAUCCAGCAACUUUGCCAGAUGUACGGUAUACAAAAGAGCCGCACCACUCCGUACCACCCUCAAGGGAACGCACAGUGCGAGCGGUUCAACCGCACACUCCACGACUUGCUGCGUACCCUACCUGAGACAGAGAAGCGUCGUUGGCCACACCAUCUGCCCCAGCUCACCUUUGCUUAUAAUAUUACCCCACACCAGACCACAGGGCAUACACCAUAUUACCUAAUGUUUGGCCACCAUCCCAGACUACCAGUUGACUUCCUGCUUGGUACCAGGGAAGCUGCCCCAGAUACCAAUACCCUAGAAGAAUGGGUCGAGAAGCACCAGCAAAGUGUCAGGAUAACUCAUGAACAUGUCAGACAGAGAUCAGAAGAACUGGCCCUUAAACGGAACCAGAACCAUAAUGAUCAGGUGAACGAUGCCGGCUUCCAAGAAGGGGAUUUGAUCUAUCUGCGGAACCAUCCACAUGGGAGAAAUAAAAUCCAGGAUUACUGGGACUCUGUGGCCUAUCGGGUUGUACGUUGCCCUUCUGGAGUAGGAGCGGUAUACACUGUGACCCCUGCAAAUGCGGAUGGAACUGUUCGACAGGUGCAUCGUUCCGAAAUGCGUGCCGUCCCUGCGGGAUUGAGGCCCAGGCCAGGGGGUGUCCCUGGUCCAGUUCAGGAAGAGGAGGCCCCCAAAGACCCCCCUGCCGGGAACGAUGGUGAUAUCCGAGAUAUGAUCAUUUGGUAUGGUGCAGAACAAGAGCCCCAAACUGCGCCGGCACCAACCGGCACCCCAGCGUUUGAGGAAAUUGACAUUGAGGGUACGGCUGAGGUGCCUGAGGACAACACUGUGGCCGUGCGGCGUUCAGCGAGGUCUACGGCGGGGCAGCACUCCAACCCCCACCGUCUACCCCGGCCGAUUAGUGACAUCGAUGGUCCAUCAGGAGUAGAGGAUGUAGACCCGCAGACAUGGGAACUCAAGAGAUUGGUGCGAGCAGAUAGCGGGUUGAAGCUUUUAGACGUACGGAAAGAAGCUAUAAGGUGGGUGCAGGAGGGCCAGUCCAACCGAGAUCGUAGUUACCGUGCUCCAGGGGCAAGCAGUGAAGCUCAGCCAGUCGGGAAACUAGCCAAUCCCAGUGUGCAGAGCCACAUGCUGGGGAGGAGGGUGUCUGGCUCAAUGUAUUCUCAAUCAUAUGAUAAGUUAGUCAAAACGUGCCCGGUAUGGUCUGUUUCUAUGGGAGAUGUAACAGUUCCCUGCUUGAUUGACACAGGGUCAAUGGUGACCACCAUCACCGAGAGUUUUUUUCGAGAGCACUUUCAUCAUUUACAAAAGAAAGACUGUAGAUGGCUUGGGCUUAAGGCCGCUAAUGGUUUGGAUAUUCCCUAUAUCGGUUACUUAGAGUUGGACGUGUGGGUACUGGGGCAAUGCAUUCCGGGGAGGGGAAUUUUAGUUGUCAAGGACCCAGAGUGUGGCCCUCUUAAAGAUCGUAAGCUCGUAACACCCGGGAUACUGGGAAUGAAUGUAAUUGGGGAAUGCUAUCAGGUCCUUUUUAAACAACAUGGGUCACAGCUCUUCCACUCCCCUCCCGUGAAAUCGGCGGCACCGGCAGCCCGACGUGCACUGAGACACUGUGAACAGAUCCAGGCCAUUGUAAAUGCACCGAAACCGUUUAAAGUGAAAGUGCAGGGGAAAAGGGCAGUUUGUCUUGAGGCGGGAGCCCUAACCAUGGUCCCGGUUACAGGCCCCCAGUUUGAGUCUGCAGUAUUGUUACUGGAGCCCUUGGGCUUUGACGAGGAGCAGUUGCCCGAAGGCCUAUUGGUGUCCCCUACUUUGGUGCCAGUUAGAAAGGGUUUUCUAUAUGCACCUGUAGUGAAUGUUGGUAAUACAAAGGUAUGGUUGCCCCCACGUCAUCCCAUUGGCACUGUACAAGUUGUGGCGGCGACUGUAACAGGAACAGCGGCCUCCAUAUCAGUCGACCCUUCAUGGGAACAGUGUCAAGCUUAUGUCUCCACGCAGGAGGUAGCCGAGGGCGGUAGUUUCCCCGAGCUCGCGGCGACAGACUUCCCGGGUUUGACCCAGCAACAAGCGGCUGAGGCCAGGGCCCUCCUGGUCAAGUAUAGUAACAUAUUUUCCCAAGGGGAGGGAGACCUAGGAUGUACGUCCUUAAUCAGCCAUGAGAUUCCCCUGUUGGACAAUACUCCUGUUCGGCAGCCAUACCGUAGAAUCCCACCCUCCCAGUAUGAAACUGUAAAGGCACACAUCCAACAGCUCUUAGAUAAUAAAGUCAUCAGAGAAAGUAGCAGUCCCUAUUCUUCUCCGAUAGUAUUGGUGACAAAGAAGGAUGGGAGUUUGCGCCUCUGUGUAGAUUACAGGCAGUUGAACGCAAAAACUCGCCGCGACGCAUACCCCCUUCCUCGUAUAGAAGAAUCAUUGGAUGCACUUUCUGGAGCGAAAUGGUUUUCCACCUUGGACCUCGCAAGUGGGUACAAUCAGGUUCCAAUGGUAGAGCAGGAUAAGUCAAAGACGGCCUUCUGUACGCCCUUUGGCCUGUUUGAGUUCAACCGAAUGGCAUUUGGAUUGUGUAAUGCGCCUGGAACGUUCCAGCGGUUGAUGGAGCGGAUGUUUGGCGAUUGCAGAUACCAGUCUGUUCUACUAUACUUGGACGAUGUGAUCGUCUUUUCCGCCACUGUUCAGCAGCAUCUGGAGAGACUGGGAGAGGUGUUUUCUCGUCUGCAAAAACAGGGACUGAAAGUAAAACUGUCAAAAUGCCGUUUCUUCCAGCACCAGGUUGGUUACUUGGGGCACGUGGUCUCUGCUGAGGGAGUUGCCACGGAUCCCGCCAAGAUAGAGGUGGUUAAGGAGUGGAGACGCCCUGGACAUCUGGCCGAAUUACGAUCUUUCCUUGGUUUCGCGAGCUAUUAUCGGCGAUUCGUGGAGGGAUUUUCAAAGUUGGCAGCCCCACUCCACUAUCUGGUAGGAAGACUCAGUGGGCCUCGAAGGAAGGGAAAGACCCCCCCCGUCCCUCUGGCAUCGGCCUGGGAUGAGGGAUGUGAGCGAGCAUUCCUGUCUCUGAAGGAGCGACUCACCUCGGCUCCAGUGCUGGCAUAUGCUGACUUUAAGAAGCCAUUCAUCUUGGAGGUAGACGCCAGUCAUGGAGGCCUGGGUGCCGUCCUCUCCCAGGAACAUGGAGGGAGGGUGCGUCCAGUUGCAUUUGCUAGUCGGGGACUCAGAGUUGCUGAAAGGAAUAUGGAGAACUAUAGCUCCAUGAAGCUGGAGCUACUCGCGGUAAAAUGGGCAGUAACGGAAAAGUUCCGAGAAUAUUUGCUGGGGAACCAUUUCACAAUCUUCACUGAUAAUAACCCCCUGAGCCAUUUGCACACUGCAAAGCUGGGCGCAAUUGAGCAGCGGUGGGCUUCGCAGUUGGCAUCAUUCAAUUUUACCCUCAGAUAUCGACCGGGUAAAAGCAAUCAGAACGCGGAUGCUCUUUCUCGCCAGUAUUUGGAACGCUUUACCUUCGGGACAGAGGUCCCCGCGUUGGGCGCAUUGACCAGCCUCGGGCCGAUGCAGUCCACAGAGGGCCAAUGCCGGGAGGUGGUGGCCUUACCGGGACGUACACCUCAGGAUCUCAGUUCGCUUCAGGAAGCUGACCCAGUCAUCGGGCCUUUGAGGAAGUACUACCAAGAGGGGCGACGGCCAGGCGUAAGGGAGCGUGAAGCGUUACCCAAGUUCAGCAGAGCCCUGCUCCGACACUGGGAUCGCCUGGUCGAUGAGGAGGGAGUUCUGUACCGCCUGAUUCACACACCAGGGGGAGGUCCAGAGACUCUCCAGUUAUUGCUGCCCCAGUGCCUGCAAGCAGAAGUCCUACGGAGUAUCCACGAUGAACAAGGGCACCAAGGCACGGAAAGAACACUCCAGCUACUUCGGAGCCGAUGUUUUUGGCCCAGUAUGACUAAAGAUGCUGAACAGUGGUGCCAGCAGUGCCAGCGAUGUGUUUUGGGGAAGGCCGUCCAGCCCAAGGUCGGUACGUACUGGAGCACGAUGCACGCCACUCGACCAAAUGAAAUCUUGGCUCUUGACUUUACUCUGCUAGAGCCAGCCAGUGAUGGACGAGAGAAUGUUCUGAUCCUCACGGACAUAUUCACGAAGUACUCGCAGGCUGUUCCUACAAAGGAUCAAAAGGCUCCAACAGUGGCCAGGACCUUAGUGCAGCAUUGGUUUCAUAGGUUCGGUCCCCCAGCUCGUAUCCACUCCGACCGGGGGCGAAACUUUGAGAGCCUCUUGAUCCAGCAACUUUGCCAGAUGUACGGUAUACAAAAGAGCCGCACCACUCCGUACCACCCUCAAGGGAACGCACAGUGCGAGCGGUUCAACCGCACACUCCACGACUUGCUGCGUACCCUACCUGAGACAGAGAAGCGUCGUUGGCCACACCAUCUGCCCCAGCUCACCUUUGCUUAUAAUAUUACCCCACACCAGACCACAGGGCAUACACCAUAUUACCUAAUGUUUGGCCACCAUCCCAGACUACCAGUUGACUUCCUGCUUGGUACCAGGGAAGCUGCCCCAGAUACCAAUACCCUAGAAGAAUGGGUCGAGAAGCACCAGCAAAGUGUCAGGAUAACUCAUGAACAUGUCAGACAGAGAUCAGAAGAACUGGCCCUUAGACGGAACCAGAACCAUAAUGAUCAGGUGAACGAUGCCGGCUUCCAAGAAGGGGAUUUGAUCUAUCUGCGGAACCAUCCACAUGGGAGAAAUAAAAUCCAGGAUUACUGGGACUCUGUGGCCUAUCGGGUUGUACGUUGCCCUUCUGGAGUAGGAGCGGUAUACACUGUGACCCCUGCAAAUGCGGAUGGAACUGUUCGACAGGUGCAUCGUUCCGAAAUGCGUGCCGUCCCUGCGGGAUUGAGGCCCAGGCCAGGGGGUGUCCCUGGUCCAGUUCAGGAAGAGGAGGCCCCCAAAGACCCCCCUGCCGGGAACGAUGGUGAUAUCCGAGAUAUGAUCAUUUGGUAUGGUGCAGAACAAGAGCCCCAAACUGCGCCGGCACCAACCGGCACCCCAGCGUUUGAGGAAAUUGACAUUGAGGGUACGGCUGAGGUGCCUGAGGACAACACUGUGGCCGUGCGGCGUUCAGCGAGGUCUACGGCGGGGCAGCACUCCAACCCCCACCGUCUACCCCGGCCGAUUAGUGACAUCGAUGGUCCAUCAGGAGUAGAGGAUGUAGACCCGCAGACAUGAGGUGUCAUCGUCGGGCCGCCGAUUCAUUUGGAGGGGGUGGAUUGUGGCCUGUGGGUUUGAGGCACUCUUUUCGCUGUCUCUCAUCUCCCUCUUUCUUCGCCCCUGCUCGCUUUCACUCCUCCUCGUAUCGCUACGUCAUCUAAUGUGGGUGGGAGAGGUCGGUAAUUGUUAACAGGCAGGUGUAUAUAUACCUGUUGUCCUCAUCCUGUAGAGAGAGACUGAAGUUAGCUGCUAACGUGUUGGAGGCAGCAGUGUUCCGGGAUGUGUUGGUAGCGCAAGGGGUUGCAUAGUGAUUGCCAACGGCACUACUGUUUGUGUGUGUGCGCUUCCGAAACGCGUAUGGAAUGUCUGGACUGACGAGCACAGAGGAGGUACACUUUUAUCUAGUUUUUUAGCGUAUCCUGUUCGUUUACUGUUUUGGGUGUAAUAGGGCUUUGUUGUUAUGCUCGCCAGCAUUUGUGACGGGUGAAUGCGUGAAGCGUCGGAACACUGUCUACUCACCCAAUCGCUAUUGCAGAAAGGUAUGUUAUGGUUCUGAUUAUAAGGUAUUGGGCAAAAAGUAAAGCGAUCAUUUGAUUAAUGGGUCUGGUGUCAGCGAGUGUGUCUUAGUAGCUAUAUGUAUACUGACUAUGAAUUUUAGGCGUAUAGAGCACUUAAUUAGAACUCUUGUUUCUUUUUCUUUGUUAAAGAGUCUUCAGCCAAUCCGAUUGUCUGCUGCUGUUCUUUUGAGUGUGUUUGAAUGAAUGGGCAGGUGCUGCUUUUUAGACACUUAUUUGUUUUGUUUGUUUCUUUUUUUUUACUAGCCGGUGUGCUACCAUAUCUGUGUGUAGUGAACUGACAGUGGCCACCGGCUAGCGGUUUAUACAUUUAUUUUCGUUGUUUGUUUGUCUUCACCCAUUACAUUAGCCUCGUGUGGGUUGGGCCCACUGGAUAGACUUUCCAACGGGCUCCUGCCUGGUUUCCUUAGCGUGUUUCACUCAUUUAGCCCGACGUGUGCAGUGUACUGCUGUGAAGUGUGUAUUCUUAGAAAUAGCUCAAAGAGCCUGGUUGUCAUUGUUGUGCAGUGUUUGUAGUGUUUGUUCUACUCUAAAGUGGUGUGCCCUAGCUCACGUGUGGUACGGAAACUUAGGCCUGAGUAACUUGUACUUCGGUGGCCCACCCCCUUAUGGCUUAGUGUUAUGUCAAGUGAUGAAUUUGUGUGUUAUUUAUUGAAAUCCAAAAGCGACUCAAUGUUUUUACUGUUACAAAAAUAAAGAUUGUACUUUUCUACUUUGUUGACCAAGCCUGUGUGUGCUUCUUGUAAAAUAUUCCCCUUGCUCUUACUAGUCUGGUCCAAGGGGUGGCGUAGUCACCACUGCUAUAGCCGGCAGAGGCUAC